AUGGUGGAUCCGUCCUCAUCUACAGCAUCUGCUGCCGUCAGUACUGCCCGCGCCACAAGUGUAGAUACCGAUACCGAUACCCAUCAACAACCCCGCACAGUCUUCAAACGACCCAGGCAAUCCACAAAACGAACUGGAAUAGCUCUCUCUGCUCUCUCUACCGUCCUUGUUUUGGCUCUUUUGGUUGUGGUAGCUGUCGAGAACCAAGCUCCUCAAUCAAAGUUGGCAAUAUGGCUGAGACAGACGCCAUGUAGUAGAAGUAGAAGUAAAAGUCGACCCGCAUCUCAACACCUUAAUCAAACUGUGUCAGCCAUUAAGAAGAAGAAACAAAGAAGAAAGCGUCGGCUCGAGGAAGGCGAAGAGGAAGAAGAUCAAAUGGAGGAGGAGGAGGAGGAAAAUGAAAGAGAUGACGAAGAGGAGGAUAAUAACGACGAGGACAACAAAGACAACAACCAAGAAGGUGGGGAUGACCUUUAUAAUGACGACAAUGGAGGCAGGAACCAGGACGACUACUACGCGGUUGCAGACGAUCAAGUAGAAGAGGAGGAAGAAGAGGAGAUCAUGCAAACCUAUCCUCCUGUCUACAUUGACGACGAUUUUUAUGCAUUCCAGGAGGAUCCAGGUCCGCCUCGACUCUUCCCCCUAAGCUCUCGAGACGUAGCAGCCUAUGUGCUGGCAUCUUGUGGUCUUACUCUUGGUGCAUCUGGUGGUAUUGGUGGAGGUGGUAUUGUUGUACCAGUGUACAUUCUUGUGGCUGGUCUCGCCCCCAAAAUCGCCAUUCCUCUAGGAGCCGUUACAGUGCUCGGUGGGUCAGUGGCCAGCACUACGGUCAAUGCAAGGCGAAGACACCCCCUCGCUGAUCGACCCAUUAUUGACUGGGACCUUGUCUUGGUUACAGAGCCCUUGACUUUGAUCGGAGCUUUGAUGGGGACAUUGUUGCACCGUAUACUGAGCGAAAAGGUUCUGAUUGUGAUUCUGGUGUUGCUCCUGAGUGUGUCAGCCCAUUCAACCUUGGCUAAAGCAAAACGAAUGCAUGAUGCUGAAACCAGAUACAUUCAGAAACUGCGAGCAGUGCACCACUUAUCAGAAGUACAUCAUCAUGUUCAUGUUCCUCCACCGCCUUCAAGACCGCGCAUUGUACCGCUUCCAACUGUUGCCAAAUCAUCCCGAGACCUCACCAUGGCAGGCGAACCGUACUUCUCACCUAGAUCUCCCUCUCUUAGUCCAACGGCUGGUGUCGUCACACCUCCUACCUUUGCACAUGCUGUACGGACAGAUGAUGAUUGCUUUAGCAACAUGACUUGCGAGAAUCAUGAUGUCACAACAAUUGACCCCGAUACGUCGUUUGAAGAUGAUGAUUUGAAGUUGCAAAAGACACAGUCUGAAGGAUCCACUCCACGCAAAAUGGGCGUGGAAGAACGGCAACAAAUUCUCAUUUUGAAUCCAGAUUUUAUCACACUUCGAUCAGGAUUGUUGGAAGAGGAAAAGUUCACUCCCCGAUCGAAAAUCAUUGCUUUGUGUCUCAUGUUUUCCAUUCUAAUGUUUCUUAAUAUUAUGAUUGGAGGAGGGGCCUUUCCCAGCCCUUGGGGUAUCCGCUGUGGUUCGGUUGCUUUUUGGGUCGUUCAAGUGAUCAUGGUGGCAUUCCUGGUAUCUUCAGCUUGGGCCGCUCAGACCUAUCUUGUCAAUCGCCAUGAGAUGAAGGAAAUUGUUCGCUUCGACUAUGUUCAUGGAGAUAUAAAAUGGGACGCUCGCAGUGCCAUUAUAUAUCCAGCACUCUUCAUCUGUGCGGGGACCUUCGCUGGGCUUUUUGGUAUUGGUGGUGGCAUGGUAACAGUCCCACUCAUGCUUGCGAUGGGAGUUCAUCCAGCAGUUGUGAGUGCCACUUCCAGUGCCAUGAUUCUGUUUACCAGCUUUGCAUCCGCAAGUUCCUACCUGGUCUUUGGCCUGAUUCUGUACGACUAUGCCAUUGUUUGCUUUGUGGUUGGUUUCUUUGCUUCCCUGUUUGGAAACAAGGUGAUGCGUCAAGCUCGUCAAGCCAAGAGUGCCAACGGACGCAACUUUGAACGCAACUCCUACAUUGCCUUUUGCAUUGGUGGUGUGAUUUUGGUCUCUUCUUUGCUCAUGACUAUUGACUAUGUCUUUCGAGUAUACGCCUUUGAUGACGUUGAUUAUCCAGAGGGUCUCUGUGAGGGGUAUCGGAUCUAG